AUGGCCCCGGAUCCGUUAUGUCUCUAUAGCCUGCCGAACGAGAUCUUGGUCUCCAUUCUCUCCGGUUUUGAAACACAAACUCUACUUCCCCUAGUAGUGGUAUCGCGACGCUUCCACUCAAUAAUCCUUCGUAUUUUGCACUUUCGUCUCCUUCUUGCGGCAGCGUUACCAGAGUACAAACUCAUUCUGGAGGCCUACCAUCCUAGCAAACGAUACACUGAUCCCUACCUCUUCUGCACGUAUCUUGGGACCGAUGGCCUUAGUUCGAAGCAUGAGGGCGAGGGCAGCCUAUAUGAAGAUUGUGCAGGAGAACAAGGGAGGCUUGCAAAACUAGGGGGGCUGUACAGUCGAUUCCGGCCUGAAAGACCAAGCGUACAAGGCUCUAUGCCAGCCCGGCGCAUCGCGGGUGCGGUGGCCGCCCAGGUGUCACCCAAUCCUACCCAACCAAUCUAUGCUGAGGGCGGCGACGGGGGAAACACAAAGGUCCUGCAUAAUAUGAAUCUUGAUGCCGACGAACUCUUCGGCCAAUUCUGCGCAUAUGCUAGCCUUGUCAGGCUUGGGCCACGGCGAGGAGUGUUCUUGAGCAAUGCACAUCUUGUUCAAUCUGGGCAGGGUGUCAUGAGAGUGUGGAAGCAAUGGCUCCAAGAUCGCGCGUGCGAACUAUACGAACGGGAACAGAAUCCUGGUAUAGAGAUGGACAGAGCUCCGACCAAAAGUGACACCUCCAUUGGCUCCGAUAAAAAUAUCCUUUGGACCGAUUACAAGAAGAACGUCGGGCUGCGGGUAGCAAUUCGCGACCGCGACGGCCGAUGUCAUGGCAAAGACCCUUGCGAGCUGGAUGAUCUGCCAUUGAGCUGUUCCAUUGAAAUCCAAGGUGAUGUGUAUUGA